ACUUGUGUCAUGUGACUGAAGGAUAAUUCUUGCAGUUUGAAAUAGGAAGUAAAGAGAGACAGGAUGUGUAUUAGUUUCUCCACUGCAUGUUGAUCAUCUCUCAUUCUCAACAUGACAUCUGAACACGGCAGAUUACAAUAAAGCAAGGAUGUUUCGUCUUUCCUCUCUGAUCUUUCUGCUUGUGAUUCCCGGCAUUUGUGGCCAAACUUGGAAUGUGAAGUACAAAAAUCUUAACAUAUGCGCUCUGAAGGGAUCAACAACACUUCUAUCAGGCAGUUAUACACACCCAAAUGGUCUCACUGUGACAAAGACAUUUUGGACCACAAAUCCAGAUAAAGGCGAUGAUGCACCUGAUCUGUUUGAUGAUCCACAUUACAAAGGCAGGACUGUGUACUCUCUGAGUAAAGCUCAAACAUUCUACCUCAAACUGAGUAAUGUGACAGAUAAGGAUGAAAGAAUAUACUGUUUAAACAUCUUGACAAAUGUGGAAAAUGACAGCUGGAUGGGUUUUCCUUGUGUUUACCUUCAAGUCACAGAUCUCAGAGUGGAGAUUCCUCAAGAGGUCAUAGAGAGAAAUUCAGCUUUGUUAUUUUGUGAGACCAGCUGCAACCUAGGAAACAGUGCUAAUUAUAACUGGUACAAGAACAGCAAACCUUUCUCAGGAUCUCUCAGUACAAAUGAACUCUUGUUGCAGUCAGUCAGCAGUGAUGAUACAGGAAACUACAGCUGUGCAGUGACACAACAUGAACAUCUCCCAUCUCCUGCGGUCACUCUCUCUGUCAGAUAUCCUCCAAAGAAAGUCUCAGUGUCCAUCAGUGGAUCAGGUGAAAUAGUUUUGUUUGAUUCAGUGACUCUGACCUGCAGCAGUGAUUCAAACCCACCUGUUCUGAACUACACCUGGUUUAAGGAGAAUGAAACCUCAUCUGUUGGAUCUGGACAGAGUUACAGCAUCUCCAACUUUAAUUCCAGUCACAGUGGACAGUUUUACUGUGUGGCUCAGAAUGAACAUGGAUCUCAGAGAUCAGCAGCUGUCUCAGUCACUGUUGCAGGAAAAACCCCAGUUUUGACAGUAGUCAUUUCUGCUGCUUUUCUUGCUUUUAUGGUACUGAUGGUUGCCAUCGCGCUGCUUAUAAGGAGGAAAAGAGUUUCUCCAUCAGAAGAGCAAAACAACAGAGGAUUACAACACAAUGAAAAGAUCGAGUCUCCUGAGGGAAACUACAUGACCCUUGACCCCAUGUCCAGAUGCUCGGAUUACGACACAGUGCAUAACGUGAAGAGAUCCUGCAGUAACACAGACGACACUGAAUCUCAGGAUCCAACAUAUUAUAACAUUAACAAUUAAAUAUGUUACAGUAUGUAGCAUGGAUCUAUUAGGUCUUAAUAGAUCUGUAAAUCUGGUAGUUAUGUCUGUCUGCUGUCAUAAGUAAGCUUUUGUUGAAUUACAGUUUUUACCACUUGUGAUCUUUAGGUUUACAAUUGAAUAACUCUUGUGAGGAGAUAAAUUGUUUAUUCCACUUGAUAACAAUGUAAAGGACAUGCACUCUUUUAAGUAGUGACAGUGCAAAUCCUGAGCAGUAUAAUACGCAAGCUCACAGUUCAUAGAUAUUGUUCAAAGUUAUUUUGACUCCCUACUGUACAGUUGUUUUUUAUUACAGAUUUUUGAAUUUGUUCAUUGCUGAUUUUCAUUAUCUAAAUUCUACACUUUGCAAAUGGAUCCUUAUCUUCUUUUUUACUCAAAUUUGCUAGAAUAAUUUUCUGAACUGAACUUGAAAGGAACCGUACAGAACAUACAGAACCCAGAGUGACAAGCCUAUUGUCCUACAUUAAAGCAGCGAAACGCUGAGUGACUCAACACAACAGAAAUGUAAUGACAUGAACUUUCCUCCAGAUGAUGUGUCAGGUUGUUGAGAAAUGAAUCCAGCAGAGGUGUGAAGUGAAGUCGCUGUCCGAGGUGCUGAUUAUAAACUGUAAUGUUUAUUAAAAAGUUUUUUACUUGUGAGACAAGCUCAUGCUAUAUACAAAAUAAAUGACUGCUUUUAUCUGUA